CAACCGUCAAGCCCGACCAGUCUAGUGAGCAUCCCGACACCUACCGCCGACGACGUGCUGACCGUGCCCCCGCUCUUGCCUACUCUCGCCUGUCCCGCUCCGCGUCCCGUCCGCGCUCUCGAACCCCGUUAAAUUUCUUCCCCCUUCCCCUGUUUCUCGACUCUCGACUUCCCACCGUCCAUCGAUUUCACCGCACAGCCAAAAAUGGCGUCGACCAUCCCUAUUGUCAAGAAGCGGACGAAGACGUUCAAGCGUCACCAGUCGGACCGCUACCACUCCGUCAAGGAGUCGUGGAGGAAGCCGAAGGGUAUUGACAACCGCGUUCGUCGUCGCUUCAAGGGCCAGACCCCCAUGCCCAAGAUCGGCUACGGCUCGAACAAGAAGACCCGCCACCUCAUCCCCUCGGGCCACAAGGAGGUCCUCGUCCACAACGUCCGUGACCUCGAGCUCCUCCUCAUGCACUCGGGCAAGUACGCCGCCGCCGUCGCCCACGGUGUCUCGUCGAAGAAGCGCAUUGAGAUCGUCGCGCGCGCCAAGCUCAUCGGCGUCAAGAUCACCAACGCUGCCGCCAAGCUCCGCACCGAGGAGGCUUAG